AUGGCUAUGAAGUGGUCUAAGUCGGCCAUCAAUACGGCCGCAUUGGCUCUACUUGGAGCCGAGACAACGUUGGGCGACGUCUUGACCGUUGUUGACCCUUGCCCGAAUGUCCCCAGCAUCAAGAUCUCUCCCGUAACUGUUACUGCUCAGUAUCAGACCGUGCCUACCUGUUCACCGACGACCGCUUGCGUCAAGGCCAUAUGUGAGACGAAGUAUCCCUGGACGACCUACACGUAUGUUUCCACCGUGGUGCCUCACGCCUGGGAUGGUACAAUUGCGCAACAAACUACCGUCACCGAUGUUACGCAACCCUUCAGGGUUUCUCAGCACUUUGAAAUACUCGCUCAGGUCACUACGGCUCCAUCUGCUGGUAACCAUACUUGGAUUGACUGGUUCAGAGGGAAAGGUCACUCCACUGAAAGCACUACUAUCUACGAAACUGUGACAAGAAGGGCUAUAGCCCCGUAUAACGAGGUUGGACCUCUAGCAAUUCCCGGCUGGGAGGGCAGUGGUUUAUGCAAGAAGUGUGAACAGGAAGCGGAUUUUGGUCGUUCGCAGCUCCUAGAUGUCGUCGAAUGUCGGUCUGGAGUCAACGCAGAAGGAAAGCCUUAUCAAAAGUGUGCUGAGUGGUAUGAAACCUUGAUCGAGCGACCUGCACCCACUUCGACCGUCACUGCAAAAGCUCAGUGCUUCAGCAAGGGCAACAUUCCAAAAGCAGGGCUAUACACCUGGACAUUCCCCCAAGUUGUUCCUCCAAUUACAAUUACUGCUCCACCAGCUACAAUCACCGUCACUGUGGGUGGCCGACCAUCGCUGCAGGUCCUACCACAAAAGAUUAAUGUGAUAAGCGGCAAGAAGUGGGAUGCAAUCGUCACCAAGUCCUUCUCCGGUGCAACGACUUUCGAUUUCAACAUCCAUAUCACCAAAGUCAUAAUCUUCAACGUCCCACGUUUCACCCAGCCAGCGCACAGCACUCGCCCUGUUCCAAUCCCAACCGGGAAAGAUAGCCACAAAGGAGGAGAUCAUUGGCCACUUCCGGACCGUCAUGAUCCCAAAGGUCAGAGUCAAGCAUGGGAGGACUGGAAUAUUGCGACCUCGCACACACCUACCGUUUCUCCCAGUGGCCAGAGUACUACAUCCGCGUCCUCAUACGGCGUCAGUCCUACCAUUACGAGCACAACCACAUCGACUUCGUCCUUUGGAGUAGGACCAAUUGCUGGCAGCUCGACCUCUUCCUCCUCUGUCUCAUCUGCUUCUUCAACUAGCAGCACAACGUCGACUGGCACCCUUACUACCGCCAUCCCAACGACAGGAACGGGCUUUUAUCUACAAAUCAGCGCGACUGCUAUAGUACCGCGUAAGAGACAGAACAUCGUGCAGUAUCUGGGCUUUGAUGCCAACAACAACGGUAUCGUGGUCAAUAGCAUAGCUGCUGCUGCAUUGGUCUUCCAAGCGGACAACAAUCUUUUUGUUUCUGGAGGCUUUUACAUUGGCACAUCGACUACAUUCUACUCUCCACUCCAGCGCCUCUUGACACUUCCAUUAGGUCUCCGUUUCUGGGACUUUGUGGGUGGGCUCGUUCAAGGGAUCAUUCAGAGGAUUGCUUUGUUACGAGGCAUAUCAGGCUUCUGCUUAAAUUCGGACGGAACCAUCAGCAUAUAUACUGCAGCCGACACCUGUGCUAACCCGAUCUCUCUCGUUCCCUUUGGUACGUUGUCUAGAAAAUUGUGA